CAAUUCCUGAUGACCAAUAAGCUGGACACGGCGAUGUGGCUCUCCCGCCUGUUCACGGUGUACUGCUCCGCUUUGUUCGUCCUACCUCUUCUCGGGUUGCAUGAAGCAGCGAGCUUCUACCAGCGGGCUUUGCUGGCGAACGCUCUUACCAGCGCUCUGAGGCUGCAUCAGAGACUCCCACACUUCCAGCUGAGCAGAGCGUUCCUGGCCCAGGCCUUGCUAGAGGACAGCUGCCACUACCUGCUGUACUCACUCAUCUUCGUCAACUCCUAUCCCGUCACAAUGAGUAUCUUCCCGGUCUUGUUAUUCUCUCUGCUUCACGCUGCAACGUACACGAAGAAGGUCCUCGACGCAAGGGGUUCAAACAGUUUACCGCUCCUGAGAUCUGUUCUAGAUAAAUUAAGUGCAAAUCAACAAAAUAUUCUGAAGUUCAUUGCUUGUAAUGAAAUUUUCUUGAUGCCUGCUACAGUUUUUAUGCUUUUUAGUGGUCAAGGAAGUUUGCUCCAACCUUUUAUAUACUAUAGAUUCCUUACUCUUCGGUACUCCUCGCGAAGAAAUCCGUACUGUCGGACCUUGUUCAAUGAACUGAGGAUCGUCGUUGAGCAUAUAAUAAUGAAACCUGCCUGCCCACUGUUCGUGCGAAGACUGUGUCUGCAGAGCAUCGCCUUUAUAAGCAGACUGGCCCCGACGGUCGCGUAGUCGGACGCCUUGUCAAGCCGUGUAUAUAGCCUGAACGUCAUUCGCGGCUGGUACUUCUGCUCGGGUUGAGAAUUCCCGGUGUUAACACUGACCUCGAUCCCAUUACGUCAUUUACAUCCAUGCAUCUCAGUGGGAAAAUAACCCGUUUUCCUGGCAUGUUAAAUCAAGCCUUUUAAAAAGUUUCUAAGAAAAUUACACCUCUGUUGCUAUUGGUUAAAGAGGUUUAUUAUCUAGUGGUAAAUGUCCUAGGUUUUUUUUAGAUGCUGUCCUGCAUAAAUCAUGAAAUACAUUUAUUUCUCUUGGGAAAAAAAAUAGCAUUAACAUUUAUUUCAACCUAACUAAUAGCUUAAGUUUCUCUCUGGCACGAAUUCAUUAUGGUAAUACUAACAUACCUGAAUUCAGCAUAUUUUGAGACAGUAUUCUUUUGCCAUUCAGUAAUUUUUAUUGAUGAUUUGAACAGAAACACUUCCCACUCUAUUUAAUUUCAAAUUGUUAUUGGGUUGGUUUUGUGCUACUUUGUUAGGGCGGAUUUAUUUAUUUUGUAAAAUGAAUUCUAUAUGUAUUUUAUGCUAUGACUGUCUAAAGUCGUAUUUCCAUAGGUACUUCUUUGUCUUUGAAUAUUUAAAAAAGGACUCAGCCUUAAGCCUGGCAGCCCAUUGGGUAAAUAUCUGGGGUCACCUAGUCCUCUUACUCAGAAAAUGAUAGUGACAGAGCUUUCCUUCCAGAGCCCCACUGAGCCCACUUCUCCAGUGAGAACCCCUCUUUUACAAACGUGGACACUUAGACUGUUAGUAGUGUUACAAAUCGGGAAUCACCUAGUUCCGAUUCUGGACCGCCAGUUUUCAGCCAGUUUUCUGGUUGCUUAGGCUUGACUUUUCCUAGACAGUUGCCAGUUCAGAUGCCUUUGGAAAAGAAUAUGACCGAAGAUUGAGCACAUGACUCUGUCCUGAAAUAAUAAUGAGGAGUGUCCUGUAGCUGGCAUGCUUACCCAGCAGCUCCGACUCACAGGUAGAAAGGUGUACAGGUCCAGGACUAACUGGGAGUGGGGCCGGGGAGGAGCUGGGGAGGGGGAGCAUCCAGUCCCGUCAUGCACAGAUGAGUUGGGGGAGUCAGGUGUGUUAUGUAUGUCGCCAUGAUUGGGGUCGUAUCAUAUGUUAAAUCCUGUUCAUUGAGUGCCCGUCGACCACUUUAUACAAUUCCUUCUGAUCCUUCCUACUGUUGCAUGAUUGGACAUGUCGAAGCAUUGCACAGUUGUAGAACAGAGUAAUGUAAUGGUUUUGUUAACCAGUUUUCUUCUGUCUGCAUGUAAUUUGGAUUUCUCAAAUACAUUCAUUAGUAACUUAUUAGUCACAUCAGUUUUCUUUUUGUCCAACUUCCUGUUCUUACAGAGCAAUGAUAUUUUUAGGCUAGAGUGCAAGAAAAAUUCUACUUGAUAGCUUGACGAGCUAUUUUUGUAUUUUUGUAAUAUUUAUCCGCUGAACUGGAGAAGCAGUCUCAUACAGUUGAUUUUGUGUGUGUGUGUGUGUGUGUGUGUGUGUGUGUAUGUUUGUGUAUGUGUGUGUCCAUCCUCAUUGUCACUAUAUAUGUAAACUAAUGGUUUUAAAAAACUAAACUUUCUAGAGCAAUAAAACAACUAUAAUGUUAAGUAAAACUGAUUUCCAAUGCUGUUUUAAAAAAUCAAGUCUUGAAUUAUAUCAAGGAAUUUUGACAGACAAAAGCAAAUUUAUUUUUAAGUUACUAGGUUGUAUUUUCUUCUACAUUUUUUAAAAUUUGAGAUAGUCAUAGAUUUAUGCAAGUUUAAAAAAAAAAUAUGGAGAGUUCCUGUCUCUCACUCAGCCUCUUAAAUGAACAUUUUAAACAACUAUAAGACCUUUAUCCAAAGUAAGAAAUGAACUCUGGAAUAAUACGAUUAACUGAAUUAUCAAACUGAAUUAGAUUUUAUCAGUUUUCUCAUUUUGACUUUUUAAAAUGUGUUCUCAAUUUUUGCCAUGAUUGUCUUUUAAAGAUCUGUUCGUGUGUCUCUGUUUUGAGUUUUGGCUCUUUAUUUCAGAAAUUACCAUUUGUUAAAAAUAUUUCCCUAAAGAAAAUAAUUCACAUUGGCUUUAACAAACAUAAGUUGAACAUUAAAACGACGGUCAUUUCAAACAGUCUGUGCUUUAAACCGAGGCUUUUUUUUAAAUCAUGUAGCAGAAUUACAAUAUUUCUGACAUGUUCAUGUUCGAAUAGAAGUUAUCGAUUUGUUCCUUAAGGGAAGGCUUAGUUUAUAAAUAAAAGACUCCGAAACUCAUGAAAAAGUAAA